GGAAAAAGAAUGAACCUGGUUGUCCUUGAAACUCUGCCACGAAUUAUUCAUUUCCCCACUCCCCUUCUAGUUCACAACUCUGAAUUCUUGUGGCGUGCCAGGGACUGAACAAGUCAGUCAUGGCCUCUGCUCUCAUGGGACUUAAAGUCUAGCAGGGAAGAUGGAAUGAACUGUAAUGACAAGAAUGAUGACGUUUCCUGAAGGGGAAGUUCAGGCCACUGUGAGGCUCUGACAGAGGGAUUUCACCUGUCCUCGGGAAUUAUGGAAGGCUUUCCUGGGGACUGACAUUUGAAUGUGAAGAUAGCAAGAUAAGUAGAUGUUAAUUAAGGGAAGGAGGAUUUUAUAUCCCCCAGCCACACCCAUCUGUGCCAUAUCAGGCUUUGGAGAGAUGAGAAAAACCAGGUAUGGGUAGAAGCAACGUUGGAACGUGGUUUUUAUCACUGAAACAGAGAUGGCAGAAUCAAAGCCAUUUAAAUUGUGUUGCCCCAAACCCCUGCACCUGGUCCUGGAACCAGCCUUACGGGAACCAGGACCCAGCAGUAAGAGGUGGAAUGCAAGUCACCAGUGGCCAAAGUACCCUCCAGGUGUGAAGAGUUGCAGGUCCUCUGAGGAGCCAGGAGCUGCAAGGUUCUGAAAAAGACUUCAAGAAACUGACUAAUCUCGAUGGCUGCUCCUGAUGGGAGGGUAGUCUCCAGACCCCAAAGACUUGGUCAGGGGUCUGGCCAGGGGCCAAAGGGGCGUGGAGCCUGCCUGCAUCCCCUGGACAGCCUGGAGCAGAAGGAGACUCAGGAGCAGACGCUGGGUCAGCUAGACAUGCUGAGGAAGGCACAGGAAUUCUUUCAGACCUGUGAUGGUGAAGGCAAGGGCUUCAUCGCCAGGAAGGAUAUGCAGAGGCUGCAUAAGGAGCUACCACUCAGCCUGGAGGAACUGGAGGAUGUGUUUGAUGCCCUGGAUGCUGAUGGCAAUGGCUAUCUGACCCCAGAGGAAUUUACUACUGGAUUCAGUCACUUCUUCUUCAGUCAGAAUAACCCAAGUCGGGAAGAUGCGGGUGAGCAGGUGGCCCAGCACCACGAAGAGAAGGUGUAUCAGUCCAGAGGGAACGAGGAUCUGGGAGACAUGGGCGAAGAUGAGGAAGCCCAGUUCCAGAUGCUGAUGGACAGACUUGGAGCCCAAAAGGUUUUGGAAGAUGAAAGUGAUGUCAAGCAGCUCUGGCUGCAGCUGAAGAAGGAUGAACCUCAUUUACUAUCCAACUUUGAAGAUUUCCUGACCAGAAUCUUCUCCCAGCUCCAAGAAGCCCAUGAGGAGAAGAAUGAACUGGAGUAUGCCUUAAAAAGGAAAAUUGCUGCUUAUGAUGAAGAAAUCCAGCAUCUCUAUGAGGAGAUGGAACAGCAAAUCAAAAGUGAGAAGGAGCAGUUUCUCCUGAAGGACACAGAGAGGUUUCAAGCCCGCAGUCAAGAGCUGGAGCAGAAACUAUUAUGUAAGGAGCAGGAGCUGGAGCAGCUCACCCAGAAGCAGAAAAGGCUGGAAGGUCAGUGCACGGCCCUGCAUCAUGACAAGCAUGAAACCAAAGCUGAGAAUACCAAGCUGAAACUCACCAACCAGGAGCUGGCCCGGGAGCUGGAGCGGACCUCCUGGGAGCUCCAGGAUGCUCAGCAGCAGCUGGAAAGCCUUCAGCAAGAGGCCUGCAAACUCCACCAGGAGAAGGAGAUGGAAGUGUACCGUGUGACGGAGAGUCUACAGCGCGAGAAGGCCGGGCUCCUCAAGCAGCUGGAUUUCCUAAGGGAAAGGAACAAGCACCUUCGGGAUGAACGGGACAUAUGUUUUCAGAAAAAUAAGGCAGCCAAGGUAAACACAGCCGCUUCCAGGGCAAGCUGGAAAAAGAGAUCUGGCUCCGUGAUAGGCAAAUAUGUGGACGGCAGAGGGAUUCUUAGGAGCCAGUCAGAGGAGGAGGAGGAGGUGUUUGGCAUCCCAAGGAGAAGCUCCCUGGGCCUGAGUGGAUAUCCCCUAACAGAAGAGGAGCCAGGAGCCGGGGAGCCGGGGCCUGGGGGUCCCUACCCCCGGCCUCUCCGCAGAAUCAUCUCCAUUGAAGAAGACCCCCUGCCCCAGCUCCUGGAUGGCGGCUUUGAGCAACCCCUGAGCGAAUGCCCAGAAGAGGAAGAGGUCUCUGACCAGGGGGUACAGGGACAAAUCCAGGAGGCCCCACCCUUGAAACUCACCCCCACAUCCCCCCGAGGGCAGCCUGUUGGAAAAGAAGCCCUGUGUAAGGAGGAAAGCUCUCCCUCUGCCCCCGACCGGCUCUUCAAGAUUGUGUUCGUCGGCAAUUCCGCGGUGGGGAAGACGUCCUUCCUGAGGAGGUUCUGUGAGGACCGGUUCUCCCCAGGCAUGGCGGCCACUGUGGGCAUUGACUACCGUGUGAAGACAGUGAAUGUGGACGACUCUCAGGUGGCCCUGCAGCUGUGGGACACGGCUGGGCAGGAGAGGUACCGGUGCAUCACCCAGCAGUUCUUCAGAAAGGCCGAUGGUGUCAUCGUCAUGUACGAUCUCACAGACAAGCAGUCGUUCCUGUCAGUCCGGCGGUGGCUGAGCAGCGUGGAGGAAGCUGUGGGAGACCGGGUUCCUGUUCUUCUGCUGGGUAAUAAGCUUGACAACGAGAAAGAGCGGGAAGUCCCCCGGGACCUCGGAGAGCAGCUUGCCAAGGACAACAAUCUGAUCUUCUAUGAAUGCAGCGCCUACUCUGGUCACAACACCAAAGAGUCCCUGCUCCAUCUGGCCAGGUUCCUCAAGGAGCAAGAAGACACAGUGAGAGAGGACACCAUUCAGGUCGGCCACCCUGCCAAGAAGAAAUCCUGCUGUGGCUGAUAGGGUCCUACCAGGACUGCCCCCAGCAAGCCUGAGGUCACAGAGCCUGCCCUGAUCCUGCACACGGCUCCUGCACAGAUGCCGCCCACAGGGACCCGCCCAGUCCUUUUCUUUGUCAGUCACUUGCCUCCCCCGAAAGGAAGGGAAGCACAUCCCAUCAGGAGAGCUGCUCUUGGAGCGUCUCAGAGUCUUUUCUCUCCUUUCUCUUUCUAGACCCCAGAUGCCCAUCCCUCCUUUGUUGUUGUUGUUGUGUUCCCUGACUUCGUUUCCUAAGGGAAAGAAACAGAUGGGCUUUUCCAGAAAAGCCAACGCGUGCCUUCUCCACCCCCCUUCUCCUCCCCUUGCCCUUCGGAGCCUCAGCACUGCUGUUGCCAUGACAACCAUGCGGGCCCGACUUGCGGCUUCCUGCAGGCCAAAGGUACAGCCCUCAGGUGCUGCCAGGGUAGUUAAUCUUGCUUGGCCCCUGUUCUCCAGCGGCCAAAGGGAUACUUUUAUACCUGCUUCGCGGACCUUGAGAUACCCAAGUUGUUGACUGCAGCAAACCAGGGCGGCCACAUUCUAUUCUACCCCCGACCCUGGGGCUCCGCUCUUUCCUUUAUCCCAGCUUUGAGCCUUCCCUCUCAGCACCAUGCCCGCUGCCUUUGUCCCCUUGGGUUUUCUGGAACGGUGCCUUAGGGAGAACCGACAGCCUUUCCUCCUUACCCCACCUACAACCCUGACUCCAGGGUGGACUGUGGGUGAUAAGUGGAUGCCUGGGGUUAGGGAGUGGGUUGACUUCCCACUUAACUUUGACUGAGAAAUGAAAAGAAAACUAGUGGAGAAAAGCCAUCUGCUGCUAAACAGAGCGACCAUUUCUGGAGGGUAUAAAUGAGGUAUAUAUAGCUAUAGAAAAGCCAUUUUCUAAAUGUUUCUCAAAAUAGCUCUUUGAAAAAUCAUACGUGAUGAUUAACAGGGUAGACUGACAUGCAGGCAGUGGGGCCCAGCACGAGGGCCAUAGUUACUGACUUCAUUUUAUUUUCUUUUACUUUGUUUCAGAACACUGUGUUUUUUUUUUUCAGUGUGGCUGUGAUGUUGACAUUUUGCUGGUGUUUGAGAAGUGAACAGAAUGUAGCUGCUGGUUUCAGCACCCCCGAUUGCAAUAGCACAGGGCACUUGGACUGGGGGAGUGAUCUGGGCCCCGUGGGAUCCCUGCAGUUGGGUGGCGGUGAGUUCCCAGCCAGCUCCGGCAUCCCUAGCCGGCUGUCACAGUACUCUUGCCCUGAGCAGGAAGUCGAAUGAAAGUUAUUACAAAGAUAACUGCCAGUCACUGGGCCUGCAGAGCCAGGCCCCCACAGGAAAGUGGGUAGUCCACACCCAAGUGGGGCACAGAGAGAGGGAAAGGGGCAGAAAGUGUCCACAGGCUUCCAACAAGAUAGUUGAAGACAACCCCACACAGCCACGUGGAUGGGGGAGAGACCACUGGCCAGAGUUCUCAAGGCCUUCCAAUAGCCUCCUCCCAGACUCCCAAAAUAGUCAGAGGCUCUCUGGGUCACCAGGCAAGGACCUCCCUCUUUUUUGCAGACUUCUCUUUCAUUGAGCACUUGCAGGAAGCAGAGAGCCCAUGGAGGGUGCCGAACAAAAAUGAGGACUGGGUACCAGGAGGUGCUCCAUGACCCUAAGCAAGCCCACUCCCUCCUCGGCCCCCACCACAUCAGUAAAAUGAAGGGACUAGAUGUUUGAUGCUUUGAGUUCUUCUUGCUCAGAUGCACAGGAUGACGUAUUUAUUUUCCAUCAUCGGCUGGCCCUGGACCCCAGUCCAAGGUUAAAGAGAAUUCACAGGAAACUCCCUUCCUCUAGGGAAGAGCAGUGGUGAUGGUCCCAGUACUAGGAUGAGGCAGGGAGAGGGGAUGCAUGGGUCACCCAGAGGUGGCCCUCCAGUGUGUGUGUGUGUGUGUGUGUGUGUGAUGUGCGUGAAGGGAAAGGAAGGAUAGAAGGUCAUGGUGGCCGUGGAGAAAGUAAACUCACUCUUCUGCUUUUGACAAACAGCAGCUAUAGCUAUUGGGAUUUAUGGGGCAAGCAGACCAUUCCUGGGGUUCCCUAAGCCCACAAAUGUCUUGAUUCCUAAUUCCUUGCCCCUGCUUUCCGCUGCUUUCUUCCAUUUAGAAACAGGCCAUGCAAGGUUUAGGGCAGGAAAGGGUGGCCCUAAUGCCCUAGUGCCUGGCCUUCUGGCAUAUGGGGUAAAUCACCAUGAGUCUUCAAAGGAGAGAGAAAGGAGCAGGGUGGGUCUUCAGGCCUCUGAUGCUCUCUUCCCCAAUCCCCCUUUUAAAAAGAGGAGAGGGCCGAGUGUGGUGGCUCACACCUGUAAUCCCAGCUGAGCCAGAGGAUCAUUUGAGACCAGAAGUUUGACACCAGCCUGAGUAACAUAGCAAGACCCUAC